CUCGCCUGGCAACCAGGCCAGAAAUCAAAAAAAUCUGACUCGAAAGCUCCGAUACCAGCAGCGGAACGGAGACGGCGAAGCACCUCAUAAAGCUAUUUUGACCCCCGAAGAGCCCACAUCACCUUCCCAAACCCUCCCCAUUCCCUCCCAAACCCCCAUCCCCACUCCUCCAAUUCCCAUCACAAUGGCCUCCCGCAGCUUCUCCAAGGCUCUGCGCCCGUUGGCGCGCCAAUUGGCCACCCCCGCCGUGCAGCAGCGCACUUUCAUCGCUGCCGCCGGUGCUGUGCGUGCCUCGGCCGUCGCUGCUCGUGUUGCCGCUGCCGUUCCUGCCCAACAACAGCAGGUGCGUGGUGUGAAGACCAUGGACUUUGCCGGCUCCAAGGAGGAUGUUUAUGAGCGUGCCGACUGGCCCCAAGAGAAGCUCCUGGAGUACUUCAAGAACGACACCCUCGCCCUCAUCGGCUACGGCUCGCAGGGCCACGGCCAGGGCCUCAACCUCCGUGACAACGGCCUCAACGUCAUCAUCGGUGUGCGCAAGAACGGCAAGUCGUGGCAGGAUGCCAUCGAGGACGGCUGGGUCCCCGGCAAGAACCUCUUCGAGGUCGACGAGGCCAUCACCCGCGGUACCAUCGUCAUGAACCUGCUCAGCGACGCCGCCCAGAGCGAGACGUGGCCCGCCAUCAAGCCCCAGAUCACCAAGGGCAAGACCCUCUACUUCUCCCACGGCUUCUCGCCCGUGUUCAAGGACCUCACCAAGGUCGAGGUCCCCACCGACGUUGACGUCAUCCUCUGCGCGCCCAAGGGCUCCGGCCGCACCGUGCGCUCGCUCUUCCGCGAGGGCCGCGGCAUCAACUCGUCGUUCGCCGUCUUCCAGGACGUGACCGGCAAGGCCAAGGAGAAGGCCAUCGCCAUGGGCGUCGCCAUCGGCUCGGGCUACCUGUACGAGACGACGUUCGAGAAGGAGGUCUACUCUGACCUGUACGGCGAGCGCGGCUGCCUGAUGGGCGGCAUCCACGGCAUGUUCCUCGCCCAGUACGAAGUGCUCCGCGAGAACGGCCACAGCCCCAGCGAGGCUUUCAACGAGACCGUCGAGGAGGCGACCCAGUCGCUGUACCCCCUGAUCGGCGCCAACGGCAUGGACUGGAUGUUCGAGGCCUGCUCGACCACGGCCCGCCGCGGCGCCAUCGACUGGACCCCGCGCUUCAAGGACGCCCUCAAGCCCGUCUUCAACCAGCUCUACGACUCUGUCAAGACCGGUGAGGAGACCAAGCGCUCGCUCGAGUACAACUCGCAACCCGACUACCGCCAGCGGUACGAGACCGAGAUGGAGGAGAUCCGCAACCUGGAGAUCUGGCGCGCGGGCAAGUCGGUUCGCUCUCUGCGUCCCGAGAACCAGAAGUAAGCGGUCGGCGUUGGGAUGGUGUUUUUCUCUCGAACAAUUUGAUACUCUGGCUUAUGGGACGGUUGGGCUGUCGCUUGCCGAGGAUGGGAUACCUUGGGGCGGGGCAUCAAAAAGGCUUGCUUCGCGCUGCAAUUUCGGGUUAACGGGGGUUCAGCUGUCACUUGUACAUAUACUCUAGCUGAUGGCGGUAUUUGAUUUGGCUGAGCGAUCUCUUGCAAC